AUUUGGUAUAGAUAAGCAGUCGGGAUCAGCACUAGCUCAGUAUUGAAAAUACAGCCAAUCUGCGAUAGCUUGCGAAGUUCAAGUUUUUGUUAAACUUAUUACUAGUGUGAAUAUUUAGCAUUUCAUCGCAAUAAUUGUAACACUCAAACAAAUAUUUGGGAAUUCAAAGUAACGAAGACGCAGAAAAAACAUCACAUCUUGAACUCGCCGAAAAAAUGUACCUAUAUAAUACAGCGAUCUUUUUCUUGAUACUCUUUUUUUAUAAUAAUCCGGUAGCAGAAUCCGCCAAAAUACUGGGUAUUUUUCCAGUACUAAGUAGAAGCCACCAUUCGAUAAACCAACCAAUUGUCAAAGGCUUAGCAUCUAGAGGUCACCAAGUCACUGUAAUUAGUGCUUUCAAAUCAAACGACAAUGUACCGAAUUAUACGGAAAUUCUCAUCUCAGAGACGGAGGAACAUCGGAAUUGGGUAGACACUGUUACAAUUGAAGAUAGUGCUAAUUUCGUAGGAGCUCGAAAAGUUAUGGAAAAUUCAGUUGCUAUGGACUUGUCACAUUGCAAUAAGGUUCCCGAUGUAGAAUACAUAAAACAAUUGAUACAUUUUACAGAUAAAGAUAAUAAAAUUGAUUUAAUCAUGGCUGAGGUUUACCACCUUCAGUGUAUUCAUCUAUUAGCUCAUAAAUUAAACGUCCCUUUGAUAAUUGUGCAGCCUUUGAGCAUUCAAAUGGGAGCUGACUAUUUCGCUGGGAAUCCAUUCGUUCCAUCUACCACGCCAAUGAGCUAUACAGCGUUUACAACAAAAAUGAAUUUUUGGCAACGUUUUGUGAAUGUUUUUGAGUAUGCGGUGACAUACUGGUAUCAUAAUUUCGUACACAAUAAAGAUAUGGGCACAUAUGCCCGUAAACAUUUCAAUAUGGAAUUGCCGUCAGAUGAAGAGCUUCACAGAAGAACAGCUUUGGUAUUUUAUAAUAAUCAUGCUAGUUUAAUUUCAAGACCAAAAUCUCCCAAUGCUAUUGAUAUAGCCGGAAUUCAUAUCAAAGAACCAGAAAAAUUGCCUAAGGAUGUAGAAGAAUUCAUCGAAGGGGCUGCUCAUGGAGUAAUUUUCUUUUCUUUUGGAACCACGAUUAGAGCAAGCAGUAUAUCACCAGAAAAACUGCGAGCAAUCAAAGCUGCCUUUUCAGGCAUACCUCAAAGAGUGCUAUGGAGAGUAAACGAUUUGAACUUGACUGAUGUUCCUCCAAAUGUCAAAUUAGGUAAAUGGUUUCCUCAACGAGAUGUAUUAGAGCACAAGAAUGUAAUCUCAUUUAUUAGCCAUUGUGGUUUGCAAGGAACACUGGAAGCUAUUCACACUGCAACUCCAGUCAUUGCAAUUCCCUUCGCAUUCGAUCAAUUCCAAAAUGCCAAAAUAUUAGUCGAACGUGAAGUGGGUAUCGAAGUUGACUAUUUUGAAAUGAAUAAAGAUACUCUCAUCGAUGCCAUUAAAGAAAUCACGACAAACACCAAAUACCAAGAGAAUAUCAUUCGGUGGUCGAAUAUUUUCAAAGAUAGACCCAUGUCUGCUCUAGAUGAAGCGUUGUAUUGGACAGAAUACGUAUUAAAGCAUCGAGGAGCUCCGCAUUUGAGAACAGCAGCCGCUGAUAUGCCAUUAUAUCAGUACCUUCUCUUGGAUGUACUUGGAUUAGUACUGUUUACUGUCAUAUGUUUUUUGUACUGUUUAAAAUUAUUUUUUAAAUGCAUAAUUUUCUUCGUAUGUAGGCAGAAUCCCCCAAAAAUUAAAACACAAUAAUACGUA